AUGCAUGCUGUCUUCUUCUACAGUAUCUAUCUCACUGAAAUUGUGGAAAGUUAUCCUGAUAUGAGUUCAGUAUACUCGGAUUCUGGUGUAGAGCACGACAUCCUCUUUGCGAGUGACUACGAUCAUGAUACACUCAGGGAUGGUAGUUUCUGCGAUGGAUGCGACCGUUCGAAAUUGGUCCAGCGCCAACCACGACUUUCUACUGCUCCCCGUAUCCACUAUGGACUCAUCGCAUCGGGUAACAGGGUAAUGAGAGACGGCAAGACUCGCGACAAAUUGCGGGACGGACAUGACAUCCUCUGCUUCGAGAUGGAAGCUGCUGGAAUUGUCGACUCAUUCCCUUGCCUGGUGAUUCGAGGAAUCUGUGAUUAUUCCGAUUCGCACAAAAAUAAGGCAUGGCAGGGAUAUGCGGCUGCGACUGCGGCUGCUUAUGCCAAAGAGCUUCUGAGCGUCAUAGUAGGGACUCAGACUGACAAUUCGGGCGACUGGACACUAUGCUAUGGAAGUGAUUAG